AUGGGCAAAUCAGAUGGAGAUAAUCUUGUGGUGGCUGUUCGUGUCCGGCCAUAUAAUGAACGCGAAAAAGCACGAAAAGCUCAAUUAAUAAUUGAAAUGCCUGAUAACAAGACAACAGCUAUACGAGAUCCCAAUAAUCCGUCGGAUGUGAAAUAUUUUACUUUUGAUUAUUCUUAUUGGUCACAUAGUGGAUUUACUAAGAAAUCUGAUGGAUAUCUUUCGGGACAGGAUGAAAAAUAUGCAGAUCAACGUCGCGUGUUUGAUGAUCUUGGACAAGGCGUGUUAAAUAAUGCUUGGGCUGGAUAUAACUGUUCGUUAUUUGCUUACGGACAAACUGGAAGUGGAAAAAGUUAUUCCAUAGUAGGAUUCAAAGGAAACAAAGGCAUAGUUCCAAUUGUCUGUGAAGAGUUAUUCAAACGCAUUGAAAGUAACAAAGAGAACAACAAGAAGAAUGCGCAAUAUGAAGUUUUUAUUUCAAUGUUCGAAAUUUAUUGUGAAAAAAUACGAGAUCUAUUGUCGUCCAAAGAACCACCGAAAGGAGGUUUGAAGAUUCGGGAACAUCCAAAAACUGGCUUUUAUGUUGAGGGAUUAUCCAGUUCACCAGUAAAUUCUUAUGAAGAAAUUGAAGCAAAGAUUGAGGAAGGAACUAAAAACCGAACAAUCGCUGCUACCAACAUGAAUGCUACGAGUAGCCGAGCUCACACCAUCGUAAAACUUUUGUUUAAUCAGAAAUUGCCUAAAUCGGGAGGAGGAACAACGACAAAGAAAUCUGAGAUCAAUCUCGUGGAUUUAGCAGGGAGUGAGCGGCAACGUGAUGCAGGAUCUGAAGGUGAUCGACUAAAAGAGGGAAUUGUGAUUAACCAAUCGCUAUCGACUCUCGGACGAGUCAUCAAAGCUCUUCAUGAACAGCAGAGUAAUAAAGGAAAAAAGAAAAUUCAAAUUCCUUACCGAGAUUCCGCUCUGACUUGUUUAUUGAAAAAUGCUCUAGGAGGGAAUAGUAAAACAAUCAUGAUAGCUGCCAUAUCGCCUGCAGAUAUUAAUUACGAAGAGUCGCUUUCUACUUUGAGAUUUGCUGAUCGAGCGAAGUCUAUUAAAACGAACGCUGUUGUUAAUGAAAAUCAAACAGAUCGCAUGAUAAGAGAGCUGAAAGAGGAGAAUGCUCGUUUGCAAGAUGCUAUGAAAGGAAGCUCUGGCUCGUCGAACAACGAAGAGUUGGAAAGCUUGCGAAGACAACUUGAGCAGAAUAUACGAGAAAUGGCUGAACUUGAGAAAACAUGGCAGCAAAAAAUUGCCGAAGAAGCUGCAAAAAAUAAUACGUCGGCUGAGCGUGCAGCAAUCGCAAAACGAAAGCAGACAACUCCUUAUUUUUGGAAUUUAAACGAAGAUCCUGCUUUAACUGAUGUAAUCGUUCAUUUCAUAUCUGAAGGAGAAGUUACAAUAGGAAACAAGAAUGCAGUGCCUGCUCCAUCAAUUCAAUUGAAUGGAUUAUCAAUCUUACCACAACAUGCGAUUGUUUCAAACAAGAAAAAUUCCAAAAUAACUGUAAAACCGCUAGAAAUGGCUGAUAUACUAGUGAAUGGACGAAAAAUACAAAGCGAACAAGAACUUAAUCAAAAUGAUCGUAUCAUGUUCGGUGGAAAUCAUCUUUACGUGUUUCAUAAUCCGUCGAAGAAAGGAGCAAACCACGAUAUUACUUAUGAGUUAGCUCAAAAAGAAAUAACUCAACAUUCAGGAAUAGCUCUGGUUGGAUCAGAUGGACGGAAUAAAGCGGAUUUAAUCUUGGAGGAAGAACUUGUAUCAACCAUGCCUCUAGUAUAUCGAGCUAAUGCUAUGGCUAAGGAAAUGAAGCGGCACGUCAGUUUCGAAAUCGUUCUUGUAUCAGCCCAAAUGAGAGGAUUAGAAGAUGGGCUAACUGAAAUUUGGAUAAAAGUUCAAAACCACUUAGAUGACACACAGUUUCUGUGGGAGAAGUCACGCUUCAUCAACAGAUAUUAUGGAAUGCAAGAGAUGUACGAGUUUAUGGUAGACGGAGAAGAAUGGAACGUGGAAAAAGAGCGGGAUCCGUUUUAUGAACCUCCUGAUUCAUUAGCGUUCAUCGGGUCAUCAGUAGUAUUCCUUCAAUCGUUGGCGUAUUUGAUAGAUUCGCAAGAAUCUUUUCCUAUUGUUGAUUUCUCAGGUAUUGAAAUGGGACAAUUGACUGUUUCUUUAACUCCUUGUUCUAUAUCUGGUAGAGAAAUACAGGGAGAGUACGUGGAUAAUCCUGAAAUGCUGGUUGGUAAGAACUACGGGUUCCAAGUUACGAUAGUGGCUGCUUUCGGAUUACCACGUCGUAUUGUCAGAAGUAAAUGUCGAUAUCGCUUCUUCGGAGCGAAAGAAAUUGAAACGGUGUCAGCAUCCAGCAACAAUCCAUCGUAUGCUCAUCGGCAACUUUUCCCCUUCAAACCAGUCACCAAACAGUUGGUCGAUUACCUGAAGCAUUCUAACCUCUAUAUAACUGUUUGGGGUUCUCAACGCGCAAAAAAUCGAUCGUCAGCAUCGUCGACACCACUGUCCAAGACUUCAAUUCCUUCAAACGGCAACGUGAAAAAAGUAAGACGUUUGGUGUCGGAAGUUAAAAAUUCAAAAGGUAAAGCAGUCUCGGUUAAAGCCCUCGAGACGGUGUUAGAUGAAGCAUCACCAGACCCUAUUAGGAAGGAAAAACCAACAAAGAAAAAGCCAAAAGAUUCAGCAACGACAAAGCCAUCUCGAGACAGAAGUUCCAGCAAGAAAGGAGAAAGAAAAGUCAAAAAAAAAACGGAAAAAUAA